GGGUCUACGACGUUUCCCAGACACGUAUCUUCCAUUGUCUUUUCUCUCCAAUGGCUUUAAUCCACAUACGUAACAGUUGCCUGCUCUAGGUCUCACUGCUCUACUUCUAUGAGAAAAUCGCCGCCGCCUGUGCGUCCAUGUUAUGCCCACCGCCCCUCUCUCUCAAUCAGCUAAUCCACUGCUUUUGUUACCCACCCGGGUGUUCAUUGGGUUAUUGUCUACCAUGGUCACCGCCUCCACCGCUUACUUCCUAUAUUGGAGAGGAAAACUAAGGAAUCACCAAGGUAGUCGGUGUCCGGUCGUGUCAAAGACUGGUUCUGUCACUGCCGACGUAAAGGCUUUUGGGUAUCGGCUAUUUCAACAAUUCCCUACUACUAAGAAGCUGGUCGUUCUCUAUUACCACAACAUUCUUAUAAACAGUACUCACCUGAGAGAACAAAUUAUCCGCCGGCUCUUCCUCGGCUUCAUCGGUGAACCCUUGAUUUUCCAUCAAAGACAUACUCAGGUGGUGAUUGUUGUAUGUGGGUUUCCAGCGACUACCAUUGCCAAUUUGCGGUUUGAAGCUUCAAUAUUAUUUAAGAUGACUUCUAUACCAGAUAAAAUUCCAAAAGUUGAGACUAAUAGCGAUCUGCAACAUGUUAUUGAGAUAGCAAGACAAGUUUUUAGAUGUAGGCGAAAGAAGACAGAUUAUGAUGAUGUAUUUAUAAAUUGCUGCCUAUCAAAUUUGCUGCAAACAAGGAAAUUAAGAAACCUUAUUCAUAAAAACGUUUCAAGGAAACAGGCAGAUGGAUCUCCAACAAUAGACAGGGAGGGAAUGGCCGAUAUUGGAGAACGAAACAGUGAACGAGAAGGCUACUCCGCAUAUAGUGUGCCAGGAGCUACCUCCUGGUCUUUCAUACACAAUGGCAUACAUCGCACCACACUUCGACGCUAUCUGCUAACCAUCUGUAACAUCCAGAUUCCCAGUAACAAGGAGAUCAUUCAUUUGAGGCGGAUGCUAGGCAAUACUUCUACCGAGUCAGAGAUUUACGAGACGUCUGAGAGGGAGAUCAUGGUUGGGACGCGCCACACACCAGAGCUGACAGCGGAGGAGGUCCGUGCAGCACCUGAUGUCGUGGCUGGUACUAGCGAUGAUCGCGGGAAGGCGCCGGCAUGA